UCAACGAAAAGUGUACAAUGUGUUAAUGUUGUGUUGCCUCACAUAUUUUGUUUCAUUAUCCUCUGUAUUGUUCUCAUUCAUGUCCAAAUAGUAAAGCAUUUAAUUUGUUUGCAGAAUCAAUUUGUGUCACUUGCAAGAUGCCGUGUGGAGACCAUAAGUGUGGUGAUUGCUGUCACCCCUGCCAUCAGAUUCCCCCAUGUAGCGUGCCUAGAGAUUCACAGGAAGAAGGGUAUGGCUGCCUUGUAACCUGUAAAAGCUGCUCUAAAGGUGAUGACAAAAGUGAUCUGCCACCAAAGAAACGGCGUGUACUAGGGUUUGAAGGUUGGUACGAGGAGGACCAUAAUGAACUUCCGGCUGAAUUUGUGAUGGACUCCGAUUCCAAGCUUCCAGAUGUCUCAUUCGAGACUCCUGUGAGGCGAGCAUCUUCCAACCCUGUGAGACGAGCAACAUUGAUCCCUACACAAAAGGUGACAUCGACCCCAGUCCGGCAAACGCCUCCAAGCCCUGCACAUACAUCUGGUGUUCAGGAAAAUGAGAAUGUGUUUCACCCAGGGCCAGCAUGUCGCAAUGAAACAGCUACCAAAAAAAGUGAACAGAGUGUACGCUCACUUGCUAAGCAUUUGCAGGACCAGAUGCGGGAGACGAAUAGGUGCCUUCGUUCGAUGCAUGACGAGAAUGCGAGAGAAUUGAGGGAGGCGAGAAAGGAUGAGAUGGAGGUAUUAGGGAAGAUACAGAAAGCAAUAGAUAACCAACUGGAACAACAGACCCAGAUGAUGGGACGUACUGCAGCAAAUCAAGAACGGCUGAUCGGAGUUUUAGAGGCGUUGGCAGCAGCAGCCAUGCGGCCCCAGCAGUACCAACAUCAGUACCAACCAAACUCAUUUUUAGGCCAGCUAAAUAGUGGUUUAUGAUUAAUGUAAUGUAAUCAUCUCAAUAUUUCGUAUUUUAACGUUUACUGUACUUGUGUAAUAUUUUCAUACCAACAACCACGAAAACGAAUGAACUUCAAUUUUAAUGUGCAAUUUUUGCAUUUGUAUUUUUUACUAACUACCACCUUUAUAAUAGCUUUACAACUCAUCAGAAAUGCAAUAUGAUUAUAUGGAAUAUAAAAACAAAGAUAUUUAAACUUCAAGUGCUGUUUUUGCAUAUUUGUAUUUUUAUAGUUUUUAUUUUAAUUUUUACUGUACUUAUGUAAUAUUUUCAUACCAACUACCACUUUUAUAAUAGAACUCAUCAGAAAUGCAGUAUGAUUAUUUUUAAGUGCUAUUUUGCAUAUUUGUAUUUUUAUAGUUUGUAUUAUUUUUACUGUACUUGUGUGAUAUUUUCAUACCAACUACCUAAGUGCUAUUUUGCAUAUUUGUAUUUUUAUAGUUUGUAUUAUUUUUACUGUACUUGUGUAAUAUUUUCAUACCAACUACCAUGAAAACGAAUGAAUUUCAAUUUUAAUGUGCAAUUUUUGCCACCUUUAUAAUUGCUUGACAACUCAUCAGAAAUGCAAUAUGAUUAUGUUGAUAUAAAAACAAAGGUAUUUCAAUUUUAAGUGCUAUUUUCUUAUACUGUACAAUAUUUGUGUUUUUAAACUUUUUGUGAUUUUGUCUUUAUAUUGGAGCUUUACAACUCAUCGUAAAUCCGUGAUAUUUAGGAGAUAAGUGCUGGUUUUUGCCAAAUAAAGUGUUGAAAAAUUGAACUUGUACAGUAGCAUCUAAAUACGGUAUAUGCUGGGUCCAACUGUUAAGCUUACAUGCCAUCAUGUGCCUUUAUAAUAUGGUCAUGACCAUAUUUGUACAUGUUUUUUUUUUUUUUACAAAUUUCACUCUUUGAUAGAACUUAACCACUACCAUGUCUGGAAAGCAGACCACGGGGCCGAUCCCCGGAAAAUAUCACAAUUUAGAGGGGUAUCAGUGGCUUAUUUAGUUGAUUUCAUAUAUAGUCUAAUAUGUAGAAAAUAUACAGUAAAUAGUAUUUUUUCUCCCCACUGACGACCAAGAUUAACUAAGGACGGCUGAAUGGUGCAACUCUUCAUAUAUACCGCUGUGACGUACAUUUAAACUUGUCCAAGUCGAAUCCAAAAUGCCAUUGAAAUAUUGUUAGAAAUUAUUUGACUUGCGCACGUAGUUAACCUUCGCAAGUUUAACUGUACUGCUACAUUACUGUAAAUAUUUACA